ACAACCAAUAUAUUUUUCUUCAAAUUCAGCACGUUCCUUUUCUGUGUCUAUUCCGUCUGGUCCGCUUGCGCCGCCUUUACACUGCUGACGUAUAACGACUGUAAGAUGCGUUUCAAAAUCGUUAGAUAUGCUUUCUAACGACGCAUACAUUAUUUUGAAUUUUGAUCUCGCCGUCUUCGAUUGGUCUUUUGUAAGUGCUUCACCGGCGUCAUACACGCGUUGUACUUUUUUCUGAAGACCAACCAAGCGUUCUUUUGACUCUUCGUAUACACCCAUCGCAGUGGUGUUAGACAAAAAUUCAAUUUAAAUAAUAAUCUGAUAAAUUAUUAUAUAGGUAUAUAGUAUUAUUUAUAAAUUACUAUCGAAGUCGAUGACCUACUAACGAAUUAUAAAUACAACGACGGUGACGUCGCGUGAGCGUACUUUUAUCUCUGCGACAAGACACUAAUCGCUUAUUAUGUCGUGCAGGUCCAAAGUCCACGACGACUUUUUUUUCACACGGCGAUUACGUAAUAAGGUCGCUACACCAAUAACUUAUUAUAUAACUUAAAUUUAAAUUUAAUUAUUAUAUUAUGUGUAUCAUACGUUUUAACUUACGGAAAUAUAUAUUUUUUUUUUUUUUUGUACACAUACCCCGGUCACUGUUCAAUCUCUUAGGAACAUCCUAGGGUCGAAGGACCAUGUAAAAAUGCUUGGAGGUAGGAGUGGACUGUAUAAUCGAUGACUUAAGAAUUAAAAAAAAAAUAAAUAAUGGUGCAACAACUUAAGUUUGCCACGGUGUCACCGGGUGCUACUAUUCAAAUAAAAUGAUAAUAGUAAUGCUUUAGGUGAAGUAGGGGGCACAAUAGUGCUGGCCAGCGGAGGGCAAUAAUUAAUACAAUAAAUAAUAAUAAAACUAAGUAAAACGAAUACAAAAUAAUAACAAUAAUAACAAAAUAUAUAUAUAUAGAUAAAAACCGUGUUGGGCGACAGCAGUCCGCUGGACUCUCAACGGCUUAAGGUAAUGGUUGGUAAAUGUUGGUGUACUCAAAAACAAUGACGGUAACGGUAACAAAAUUAUCUGUGAACGGUCGGUCGGUAGGUAAUGCGGUGAGUCGGACGGUAGGUCGAACGGUACUGGACAUAGGUGCCGGGCGGCUUGCAUUGAAGCAACGCAUUUGCCGAUAUGAACCGGGACGCCGUAUAACUGAUUCACGUUCCGAACAGAACCAACGCCAAACAUGGCAAGAUACAAGAUCAACCACAAAAACAAAAGCAGCGGCUAUAAAGAGACACAUUGGAGGUACUGGGGGUGGACCAACUUGUGACAUUCAGCUGAAUGAUGUUCAAAAGGAUGCACUCUCUUUGAUUAGUCCAUCAUUAGUGAGUGGUCAUGAAAAUACUGCAGAAUCAAACGUAGAAUUCAUUUUUGAAGAUCCUGAAAAUGAUAUACUUGAUAAUGAUCAAUUAUGCGUUGAAGAAUACAUUGAUGUGUAUAAUGAAUCCAAUGAUUAUGAAACUUAUAAUCAUCCAUCAAUCAUUGUACCUACCAAUAGCAUUAAAAUCAAGUCAGCCAUUGCACCUAUACCAGAUAUCACUAGAGUCAACGAGAAUCCUAAUAAAGAACAGGCAUCAAUAUUUGCUUCUAAACCUAAACCAGAUCUCAAAAGAAAAAAGACUACUGCUACUUGUUUGGGUGAAAGCAAUACAGCUGCAACUAGGUUGGGAGAUAUAGCACAGAGGAAAUGUGAUUUAAAAGAAGCCUACUAUGAAAAAAAAAUUAAACUUUUGGAAGAAAAUAAUGUGUUGUUGAAAAACAUUGGAACCACUCUUGGAACAUUACUGACCAAGUUAACAGAAAAAUGACUGAAAACAGAAUUUUAAAGACUGAACUGUAUUUUAUAAAAACUUUAUUUGUUAACUUUACCAGAGAAAUUAGUUAAAAAGGUUAUUAUUUUAUUAUUUAUUAUAAUUAGUUAAAAAGGUUAUUAUUUUAUUAUUUGUUAUAAUUAGUUAUAAAAAUUGUUAUUACUAAACAUUGUUUAUUUUAAUUUUAUAUUGUUACUUAUACUUUUAACAAAUGAUCAAAAGAAGGAAUAAAAAACAGUGUAAAAGUAUUUUCAAUAACAAAUCUUUAUUGUAUAUAUUUAUUAUUAAUUAUUAAAAAUAAAAAGUAUGCAUGUUUUUAAAUACAAUAUACGCCAUUAUUAAUUAUACGCCAUGUCUAUGAAAAAGGUAUC